AACUUUCCCCUCUUUCAUCUCUCCACAGUUAUGUGAUCAGCGUCGGUAUAAUGGACAAAUUAACGCACUACUUCAGUUUAGUUCAAGGACCAAUCGAUUCCAAUAAAUCGAUAUCGGACUUUUUACAACACAGCCUCGGAUUACUUAUAUCUUUAACCAAGUUCAUAACGAAACGAAACAGUAAUGUGUUUGGAAGUAAAAAAACUGAUGAUCCGACCCAACUUUUGGCAACAUUCCAAGUGACCGAACUUGUCGGAAUUGUAUCUCUCUUAUACGGAAUGCUGUUGCACUCAGGGGUCCAAGGUCGUGGUGAUGUCCCUCCUGCAGUGUUACCUGCCCCAACGCUAGCAGUGACAACUGCUGGUCUUCGAAUGUUGAACCACGUUGCUACGUUGGAUUUACAAGUCUUUCAA